GUACAGGCCUGGGCUCCCUUCUAGGGCUCAAGGAAAAGUAGAAAGCGAUAUAUAGGAAGAACCAGAUAGCAGUUGUCUAUUUAUUUUUGGUGUGUAUAUGUUGGGUGGUGGUGGGGGCACAUGCCACAGCAGAGGUCAGAGGACAACUUGAUAGGCUCGAUUCUCUCUGCCCACCUUCAUGUGACUUUGGGGGAUCAAACUCAGGUGGCCAGGCUGCAUGGCAAGUGGCUUUGCCUGCCGAGCUGUCUCGUAGUUAUCCAUUGCCCACUACCGUACUGACAUGAAGAGGUCAGUUCUUUCCCUGCCAUUUCUCCACUUGAGCUGGGACACAGUCCCAUCUGUGUCACCCAGGUCUGUGGUCCUGGGUUUCAUUUUCCUCUCAAAGUUUUUCUGUCUUACGGUACAUUCUUUCUUCCCAGUGCUUCCCCCCAUGGCCUGCUGAAGUGGUUUUAAGGCUUAGAUGCAGAAAGAACACCCCAGAACCUGUUCCCCCCCCCACCCUGCUCCUCCCAGGAAGGGCACCCAUCCUCAAAGCAUAUCCACACUUACCCUUCCCUUCAAAGCGGCUGGUUGGAAUCCUUGAGAGCCCUACUCAGGCCUCUACCGCCUUGGGGGAGAGCACGACCCUGAAGGCAGGUCAAACCGCAGACCCUCAGCCACUCUUCCAGGGGUUGAGAACCUGGCCUGGCUCAUUCGGAAAGCCUGGCAGGUGCAAAUCCACAUUUCCCUCCGUGUGCCCAGCCCCGUUGCUGUGGCAUUCAAAUGCCCAGGAGCUCGGCAUGAGGUCGGGGAGUACAGGAAGAAAUACAUUGCGGGCUGACUAAAUGAAGCUAACUGACAUUUGUUACUAUAUUCAGUACGUACAAUUUUAUCUGUGGAAAAAUAAUAAAAGCCCAUGUCGACUCCAGCACAGGCAAGUCUUCUAGCUUGGUUCCUAACUCCAGCCAGUGCUCUCCCUGCGAUAGGCUCUGUAUGCGGACACAGGUUUCCUUCCUGGGCCUUAUUUGCUAGGUGACCAUGUGCAGGGUUGGGGAAGUUAUUAAGAAUCAAAAGCAACACGACCUUUCAUCCAGUUAGACUUGCUUGGCUCACAUCGGGUGAGGCUGAGGACCCUACCUCAGUCAAUGGAUGCUACUUUCUUGACAGCCAAGGCCUGCUCUCCCAGAAAGGUUGGAGUCUGGCCUGGUUCAGAGAGCAGCUAAGCUGAGCUUAAGGACUCAGGGAUUGGAAGCCGUUAGUAUAUGCCAUUUAGAGUUGGCACUUUAAAUUUUCUGACCCAGGCUGUUUGUUUAAGGAUUGAGGAUUCGCAUUCAAGAAGAGUCAGGAAAGGGCAGAGGAGAAGUCAAAGGCUCCACAGGCUAGAGUGCCCUGGGUGCCCCAACCCAAAGACUGCAGUUCCAGCCCCAAGAGAAACUGCUGUGGGAUUAGCCGAGCUGCUGUAAACAGAAUACAUGCUCUAGAUUGCUCCGUUUGGGGCGGACAGAAUCGGAUCUGAGCUUCCCUUUGCUUCAGCGUGACAGGCAAAGGGCCUUCUCUGUGACAGCCUGCUCCUGUGUUUUAGUCCUCUCCCUGGACUUUCCCGUCCAGCUCAGGCUGCGCUGAAUCACGAGUUUAACCGAAAGCCCACUGGACACUUGGGCAGCUUGGUGGCGCCUCCUCCACCCCCGCAGAGGGGACCUGGGACCGCCAGCCUGAAUGUGCAACUUUAGUAAAUGGGAGUUUGAGCUCUUUUCCCGCCUCCUGUCUCCUAGGGCGUGUUAAACUUGGUUUCCUGGUGAUCCCCCGGCAGGCCCUCUUCCCCUAGUUACUGACUCAGCCCUCCAGCCACAGCAGCAGAGGCGGCCCGAGGUCUGCAGGGGGCACCGGAGGCCGAGGUGUCGGAGGGGCCGGAAGGGGCGGGCGUCAGAUGCGUGCGGGAACAGCGGUCCUGAGUCUCCCGAAGCCGCUGAGAGGACCGCAGCGCCACCCUCCUCGCUGUCUGCCAGUCCUGUCCAGUCCCCGGCCCCGCUCGCUCCCGUCCCCGCUCCGCGCCCUCUGCGGGUGGGAGGGAGCGCGCGCCAGCUCCAGGCUAGCAGCGAGCACUUCCGGGUGAGAUUUUCCAGGGAGCCACCGGGUCUGACCCCAACAGCACUGAGCUCCAGAAACCCUGCGGUGGGCAGGACCUGGCUGCCGGUCCGUUGACGGCCAGCUUUCUAGGACACGUUAACUCUUAACUGUGUCUGUUUCUUGUCUGCAGAACAGAUGUGAUGAUACAUGUACUGCCGGGCCUGAUAGACUUCUGUAUUCUUCCUCUUACCAACUUCCGUUCUGUGGCUGGACAGGCAUCAAAGAUCAUGCCCAUUGGGGAUCAAUAAGCCUGGUGUGACAAAAGAAUGUGAGUUUUGGUCCUACACCAGAGAAGCAAGUCACUGAGUGUGGAAAACUAGCCAUGGAAACCCUAAAAUCUGAGAACAAAAAGAGAGUCCUCCCCUCAUGGAUGACAGCCCCUGUGAAUGAAAGAAAGGUGGAGCCAGUGAAGACACACAAGAAGAAGAGGGUGGUGGCUGUGCACCGCAGGCCAGCGACAAGAGCCUCCACCACGAAGACUGUGUACUGGAUGAAUGAAGCUGAAAUGGUCAGUGUGGCUCUGGAGAUCUUGAUUGAGGAUGGAAAACAGGAAAAGCUCUGGGAACAGCCGUCUCUGGUAGCCACUGAUAAGCCGAAGCUCUCCCCUCCCUACUCAGCAUCCCCUCACACCAGUUCCCCCGGGAGCAGCAGUGAGGAAGAGGACAGUGGGAACGACUCGCCUCUUCUAGGCCUCAGCCCUUCCCGGGUACCAGCGGCUUCUGACUCUCCGUGUAGCAGAAGCCCCAAGGAAGAAAAGGAGGAGGAAGAUGCCUUGAAGUAUGUCAGGGAGAUCUUUUUCAGUUAGUAGGAACUAUUCAGUGUUUCUGCUAAGAACUGGGGCGCUGCCCACCCUUGCCUCCCAUGGAAACUGGGCUUUGCUUCCAGCGUCCAGAAGGCUUUCAUUUUGGGGUGGGGGGAGGCGUUGCAGGAUGCAGACCGGCACCCCAUUAGUCUUGACCCGCACUGCCCUCUGGCUCAGUGUUGGGAAUCCUAGCCCUGUAUUUCGUUCAGGUACCAGUAAAAAUGAGGUGUUAGGCCCACUUGCUGGAAGCAAAGGUCACUAUAGCUCCUGGGAACACUGGAAUUCUAGACAGGCAGCCAGGUCUCAUCUUAAAACGGAGGCUCAUGAACGGUCUCCAUCAUGACACAGCCCAGUUGCCAUCCCUUCAACCAGACUGGUGAGCCUCUCGGGCCCUGUCCACUACCUGUCACCUUUCUUCCACCUGGGACCUCUACCUUGGCCCCUGUACAGCCAUAAGGGAGGGUGGGACGGGAGACGCUGAGGACAAAAGACCACACCAGAGUCUUUGUAGUCACUAUGGCUUUUGAUGAGCACAGAACAAAGAACUCGUUACCAUGUGGGUUUUCUGAUAUACAGACACUGAAAAUAUAUAAU